AUGCUCUGCUCCUGCACCGAACGGGUAGACCCGCAGCGUUUGCGGGUGAAGUUUGCAAAUGCAUGGCUAAAGGAGGGAGUUUUGACCUCAGAACCCUUGACAAUGUACUGCACCUUGUGUGAGCAGCGGGGGCUUAUGUCUGGCAAGACGAAGAGCAAAACAAAACUGCACGGCUUUAGCAUUUUCCGAAAAACGAGGGAUGAGGCAGAUGGCUCAGGGGAGAAUGCAUUGGAUGAUCUCUUCUUGUGUUUCACAUGUACCAUGUGCUUUUGUGCGGCACAUGCAAAGAUCCAUGAAGAAGAACAGAGAAGAGCUGCCAUGGCUGGCAACAGCAAUCGUGGAAAACGUCACUUUUUAUUUUUUGCUGUUCCAUUUUGGGCAAAGACGGUGGGAACUUAUACCCCGUCAGGGAAAAACAAAACUCUGUUUCCCACUUUUCACGUAGAUGACCUCGAGCAUAUACGUGAGUCGGGCCCCCUGACGCUUGAAAAGGAGGCUGCCAUUGUCUUCCGUCCAAGCGGUGAUUCACAUGGGUGGGUUUAUAAUGUAUGGUGUACGCAUUGCAGCGAGAAGCCGGCUCCACUUCGCUUCUCCGAGUUUCAGGAGUCCGACCCACUUCAUGUACACAUCAAGCUGUUAGGUGAUAUUAUUGCAAGGCUUCGUUUUCUUUUCUAUGAGGGAAUUCGAAUAGAACUACCCGCCGAAUGGUCUGCAUUAAACCAGGGCAAUUUCCACACAGGGGAGUCCUCGUCCUAUCCACGUGCUUGCGGGGACAUUUAUGCUAACCGUAAUACUUUGCAUGAUUUGGAUGUUCACGCGAGUGGCACUUCUUCUAUGGGCACAUCCUCUUUUGCAUUGCGAGGGUCAAAAGGGGACGGUGAGGCUCUUGUGUUAGCACAUGUUGCUGGUAUUGAGAAUCAUCGGAACACUUGCUACUUUAACUCUGUCUUGCAAUGUGUUCUUAAAUGUAGAUUUUUUACACGUCCACUGCUUUCUCUAGAUGUUGGAGCUCUUCCGGGUCCGCUGAGUUAUCGCAUAUAUGCCAUGGCUCGUCAUCUUAGUGAACAGACCCUUGCGGACGUGCAGACACGUGCAGUUUAUCCAUUUGCACGUGCGGUAUUACGUUGUCUAUGUGAACUUGCCCCUCUCUUUGCGGAGGAUGAUCAGCAGGAUUCCCAGGAACUCUUUUUGUGUAUGAUUAAUGGUGUGGCCGAUGAGUUUGACAAGGGCAAGUCCGAGGAGGAGAAGAAAAAAGGCCCACGAUUAUCUUUUGAGGGGGUUAUGCGCACGGAGGUUGUCUGCACGCAGUGUGAAAGUCGUUUUCCACGUGAGGAGUUAUUCAUGGCCCUCUCGGUUCCUGUUGAAGACUCGAUUGAGAGUGGGCUGCGCAAACUCUUUCGGCCGAUGCAUCUUCGGGAAAAGGAUCAAUAUGCAUGUGAAAGGUGUUUUAAAGGGCUUACGAAGGCGGAACAGGAGCGACACAACGCGGCUAUCAGGGCGGAGAAUGAAAGAAAAGAGAAGGCCAAGAAAAAGGCAUCGGCCGAAGAGAAGCGGAGUCUUAACUGUGUAUAUUCUGACGCCGUUGUAUCGACAUCCAUCAGUCGGUUGGGCGGUACAUUGGCUCUGCACCUGCUGCGAUUCCAAUCGGACGGCCGCGACUUCCAAAAGGUUACCCGGAGCGUGGCGUUCCCCAUGUCGCUUGACCUGGCACCGUUUGUAUCAAAGGAUGUGUUAAGGGAAUACGAAAUGGCACGUGGCCUCUCUGCUCUCCAGGCACGAUUUCCACACGUACAACGUGAUCGUUUGCUUCGCUUCUUUGAACACGCUAGCGGUGACCUUCAGAAGGCGGAACGGAUGCUGAUCGGGAUGGAAGAAAAGGGUGCGUUGAACGGCGAGGAUGAUGCCCUGCUGGAGUUCAAAGCGGGACAAGGGGCGUCGGAUGGCUCAAUGCCAGGGAUCACCACGUGUCGUUCAAGCGGACACACGAGCUGCGAUGUGAGCCCCGCUGGCUUCUCUCCAGUGUCUUCUGUGAUGAAAACAAAUGAUGUAGUGGGGGAAGGGCAGGAACCACUCCCGGCGCUUAAGCGGGAGCUUGUCGGCAUCGUUGCACACCGCGGUUCUCUUCACGGCGGCCACUACAUUGCAUACGUGCGAGAUGACAGCCGCCCGAAUAGCUGGUUUCGCUGCGAUGACGAGGAUGUGGAAAGGGUAGACAAGGAAUAUGUUCUGCGUUGCCAAUCAGAGGUAUACAUGUUGUUCUACGAGUAG